AUGUCUCUUUUGGAUUGUUUCUGCACUUCACGAACACAAGUUGAAUCACUCAGACCUGAAAAACAGUCUGAAACCAGUACCCAUCAAAACUUGGUUGAUGAGCCAACACUUUCCUUGUUGCCUCCAUCCACUAGAGCCAGUGAAGUGAUCUGUUCCACCAACGUUUCUCACUCUGAACUCCAAGUGGAAAUAGGAAGAGGAUUUGACAACUUGACUUCUGUCCAUCUUGCGUGGCAUACUCCUACAGGAACACUGGUCACUGUAAAAAUUACAAAUCUGGAAAACUGCACUGAAGAACGCCUGAAAGCUUUACAGAAAGCAGUGAUUCUAUCCCACUUUUUCCGGCAUCCCAAUAUUACAACUUACUGGACUGUUUUCACUGUUGGCAGCUGGCUUUGGGUUAUUUCUCCUUUUAUGGCCUAUGGUUCAGCAGGUCAACUCUUGAGGACUUACUUUCCUGAAGGAAUGAGUGAAACUUUAAUAAGAAACCUUCUCUUUGGAGCAGUGAGAGGGUUGAACUAUCUGCAUCAAAAUGGCUGUAUUCACAGGAGUAUUAAAGCCAGCCAUAUCCUCAUUUCUGGUGAUGGCCUAGUGACCCUCUCCGGCCUGUCCCAUCUACAUAGUUUGGUUAAGCACGGACAGAAGCAUAGGGCUGUGUAUGAUUUCCCACAGUUCAGCACAUCAGUGCAGCCGUGGCUGAGUCUAGAACUACUGAGACAGGAUUUACAUGCAUAUAAUGUAAAGUCAGAUAUUUACAGCGUUGGGAUUACAGCAUGUGAAUUGGCCAGUGGGCAGGUACCUUUCCAGGACAUGCACAGGACUCAGAUGUUGUUACAGAAACUGAAAGGUCCUCCUUAUAGCCCAUUGGAUAUCAGUAUUUUCCCUCAGUCAGAAUCCAGAAUGAAAAAUUCCCGAUCAGGUGUAGACUCUGGGAUUGGAGAAAGUGUACAUGUCUCCAGUGGAACUCGCACGGUAAAUAGUGACAGAUUGCAAACACCGCCCUCAAAAACAUUCUCUCCUGCCUUCCUUAGCUUGGUACAGCUCUGUUUGCAGCAAGAUCCUGAGAAAAGGCCAUCAGCAAUCAGUUUAUUAUCCCAUGUUUUCUUCAAACAGAUGAAGGAAGAAAGCCAGAGUUCAAUACUUUCACUGUUGCCUCUUGCUUGUCACAGGCCGUCAGAAGCACCACCUCCAGUGUCACCUUGGAAUGAGCCGGAAUGGGAUUUUCCUGAUGAAAAAUAUUCAAACUGGGAAUUCUAGGGCUGCCAAACCCUUUUAUGUCCUAUAUACUUGACACUUUCUCCCUGCUGCUUUUUCUUCUGUAUUGCUAGGUACAAAUACUAGAAUUAUACUUGAAAAUACAGUUGGUGCACUGGAGAAUCUAUCAUUUAAAACCACUCUGUUCAAAGGAGCAUGAGGUUAUAGCCCCUUUGGUUAGCUCAGAGUGCUAUUAUAACUCCAGGGAAACUUUGGAAUUAUUAAUCUAACUACAUUUAGUGUCAUCUGUUCUCAAAAAUUUUUCCCAAGCUGUGACUAACUCUUCUUUUUGAUCUCUCAGUAUG